UAUUAGAAGUUAUAAGUGUUUAUUUAUUGAUUGAUUGUGUUAUUUAUUGAAUUACAAAUGGUUCAGUAGUAAGAUUUAGAUUCUACUUUUUUUUAGUUUAGAUAAAUAUAAAUGUAUGGAUGUUUGAUAUUCACUUUUGAAAUGAAAAAUUCAUAAAAGGUUUUAUUACUAUUAUACAUAAUAGUAUAUAAUUAACAAUGGAUGUUCCUAAAUCAAAAAAAAUUUGCUGCUCUUAUUGCGUUAAAACAGUUAAAAGUGUUCCUGUGAUAUUCAUUUUAUGUGUACUUGCAUGGUCAUAUUAUGCAUAUGUGUAUCAUUUAUGUUUAAAUGAAGUCAAACCAGUGGAUAUAAGAGUAAUCUUCCUUCUAAUAUACCAUACUAUUUUAUUAUUAUUUUUAUGGUCCUACUUCAAAACAAUUUUUACAUCGCCAAGCGGAGCACCACAAAAAUUUAAACUUUCUGAUGAAAUGUUUGAAGAAUUUAUCAAACAACCUAUCGAUUUGGCACGACAAAGUAUGGUUUUGCGGGAAGUUGCAAAGGAUUUACCAAUCAUGACAUUUACUAAUUCUGAUGAGGUUUUUUUUUCAGAUAUAAGAUACUGUGAUAAAUGUAGAAUAGUGAAACCUGAUCGUGCUCACCAUUGUAGUGUAUGUCGCAAGUGUGUACUUAAAAUGGAUCAUCAUUGUCCAUGGGUUAGUAACUGUGUGUCAUAUUCAAAUUAUAAAUAUUUCAUACUUUUCUUGGCAUAUGGUCUUCUGAUGUGUAUCUAUGUUGCUUCUACAACAAUACAAUAUGUUUUAAGAUACUGGGAUGCUACUUCUGAUAUGAGGUUGCAAGGUGCAGCAUAUAAAAUUCAUAUAAUAUUUUUAUUUUUUAUUGCUUCUAUGUUUUCAAUCAGUUUGUUUUCAUUACUUGCUUAUCAUAUUUACCUUGUUACUAAAAAUCGGACUACAUUAGAGUCCUUUCGUCCUCCUAAGUUUACAGAGUGUUAUGAUAAAAAUGGAUUCAACCUAGGUUGUUUUAAAAAUAUACAGGAAGUCUUUGGCAGAGAAGUUUUAUUAUGGCCUAUUCCUAUAAAUACCAGUUUGGGGGAUGGAGUGAGUUUUCCAUUGGCAAGCAGUCCAAGAUCCAAUGAUAGAAUUAGGCAAUCAAAUAACAAAGCCAGGAAUUCAUUUUCUGUUUAAAACAUUUAUGUAUUCUAAAAGUUUAACAUUUAGUUUAAAAUAUACCUAUAACAAAUUUAUAGCAAAAUAUAGGCUUAUUCUUUAUUGUAUUGUGUUAAUUUCUUAUAAUGUACAGUAAAUUUAAAUGUUAGAAAGAAUUUAUUGUACAUAAAAAUAAUAUUAAUUAAUAUUGUAAGCCUUUAAAUUUAUUUAUUCUGACUUAAAUAUGGUGAGCAAUUUUAUAUUUUUCAAAUUUUGUAUAUUUUGGUAAUAAUUACUUAAUAAUUAUAGUUUUAUUUUUGAAU